UACUGUUUUUGACCUGCUCUCUAGCGACUGUUAUCAGGGCUUUGGCUGGCGGGCUGGAAUGCAGGCUCCGGCUCACUGAAGCAUGUACAGGCAGGUCUGCACUGCAAAGUCUGCUCUUCUAUGCCCUGAAAGGAAAGUAGUCUGACAAAUGGAUUAUAAUGCACUUAGUUUGAGUCUUAGUUUGCUGUAGGAUGGUUAGGGACACACUUGGCUAAAGGACUACCAAUAAGAUAUGGUUACAUUGCAUUUCUGGACCGCUGGUGAAAGGAUGCUCAAAUAUUAGGGGGAGUAACAAAUAACACAGAAGACAUGGACCGUGUGAAUAGAAACAUGGCCGAUCAUGGCCGACAAACGCAUCAGGUGCUGCAGAGCACUCCACUGGACCUGAUAGAGACAGGGAAGGGGCUUAAGCUUCAAGCAGAACGCCCCCAUCUGGUCAGUCUUGGGAGCGGCCGUCUCAGCACAGCCAUCACACUGUUGCCCCUACCUGAGGGGAAGACUACCCUGGGUUAUAGAGCCAUGGACAUCAACAUCCAGGGCCCUGGAGUUGCAGCCCAGCACUGUUUCAUUGAGAACAAGGCUGGAAUAAUCACCUUACACCCCUGUGGAAAUCAGUGUACUGUGGACGGACUUCCAGUCACUAAGCCUGUACGCCUGUCUCAAGGUUGUAUGCUGUGUUUUGGUCAGUCGUCCUUCUUCCGCUUCAACCACCCUGAGGAGGCAUUCAGAAUGAAGAGCAUGAGGCCAGAAGGACAGCACAGAUCUAGCACCAGAAGAGACUCAGAGAGCCUGGUCAAUGGGAACCACCAGUCAGGAGGACUGGCGUCUCACCCAUCCCGACACGAGAGAGUGCGCCCUGAGCACAGUGCUAUUGUCAGUUCCAUUGAAAAGGACCUUCAGGACAUUAUGGACUCCUUAGUCAUGGAUGAUCCCCUGCCAUCUUCUGCCUCCUGUGAGCCCAACAAGCCUUCCAGUCCCCCUGCUGCUCAGUCCCCGCUGUCCCCCAUGUUAAAUGGAGGUGGCCGUUAUCUUCUCUCACCCCCCACGAGCCCUGGUGCUAUGUCAGUGGGCUCCAGUUAUGAAAAUACCUCUCCACCCUUUUCCCCUCUAUCCUCACCCUCAGCUGCAAGUACUGGGAGCUUUAACAGCCCCUCACCGAGUGGUUGCCAGGACCAGAUUCUUUCUCUUCCUCCAGUACCAGUCAGGUCCUCGAGUUACAAUUACACGAGUCAGCCACCCAUACCUCAGCCUCGGACUAUGCUGCCUAACCCGAAGGUGCCUGAGAGUCCCCGGCUCCAGAGAAAGGCUCUACUGGAAGCUCCACCAAGCCCUAAACCAGCCCGCAGGGGACUGAGUCAGAAUAGCCCUGUGGGGAAGUCUCCGGACAGCUCUCGACUGCCCCCCAUGUUGCCUUCAGUCUCAGUAUCUUCAGUAUCUAGUGAUGCAUCAUCUGUCAGGCUAGCAGUACCAACCAGCCCCAAACUGACUCCCAAAUUCACCACCACAUCCUCCUCAUCCCCUCCUUGUAGUCCCAGGGUGAAAAUGACUAGCAUUCUACAGGAUCGUCCAUCCAGUCCGUUUCAUGAUCAGUCACAGCCAGAUCACUCACUCGCUUCAAGUCCCUCCCAGCUUCUCUCUCCUCCUCCUCGGGCAUUCCAGCCCCCAUUGGACCCAAUUGUCCACAUAAUCCAGGGUGGACAGCCACAGCAACACUCACUUCAACCUCCGGAGAGUCCACGGCUGGCCCGCAGGAAUCUGGAGGCUGGCUGUGGCAACAACGUGAGGGAUCUGCCCCCUCUCAGCCCCUCCCUGGCACGUAGAGGAGUACCAGUACUCCCAGGGGUGCUUCCAGGAACCCUCUCAACCUGGUCCUCAGAGAGCCCAACUGCCAAGAUAGUGUCAGAGAGUCCCAGACACAGACGCAAGGCUUCCUCCCCAUCUCAGGAGCUAUACAGUCCCCGGCUGGUGCGUGCCCGGAGCCCCUCGCCCACGUCUGGGCUGACGGACGGUGGUGGACGCAAAGGGAGCUUUGGGAACAAUCUAUCUCCUGCCUUCAGCCUGGGAUCCCUGCCUGGGUCCUCACCUUUAGCUAGUCCCAGGAACCACAGGAAGAUGUCAGCAGGGCACAGGGACUUGCGGAUCGGCCACCCUGGCAUGAGGGAGCGCAAGAACAGCAUUACAGAGAUCAGUGACAACGAAGACGAGUUACUAGAAUACCACCGGCGCCAGCGUGAGGAGCGCCUCAGGGAGCAGGAGAUGGAAAGGCUGGAACGGCAGCGACUAGAGACCAUCAUGAACCUCUGUGCUGAGUACAAUAAGAACGAUGAGCCGAGCUUGCUGGGUGUCUCCAGGCCCACUGUGACGCAGAGGCAGCGGGAGAGUGACGAGGAGAAUCUGAGAGAGGAGUGUAGCAGCACGGAGAGCACACACCAGGACAUCAGGACACCAUACAACCUACAAAAUGGAGACAACAUGCAGCUGGAGGAGAUGUCAGGAAGCGGGACUAGGCUGGAACUGAGUUAUUUGGAGGAGGAACGGGUGCGAGUGCUGGCGAGGGUUGAUGAGCUGAAUGCUCGGCUCACGGAGCUGGAACAGCAGCUACAGGAGAACAAACAGGAGGCGGAGAUGGAAAGGGCCUUGCUACAGGGUGAGAGGCAGGCGGAGCUGAGCCAGAUCGAGACUGAGACUGACAUCAUCACCCAGCUGCAGCACAAAGUCAGCGAACUGGAGAGUGCCAUCCAGAGGGAAAAGGACAAGGAGAAGGCCAAUGUUGACAGCCAGCGGGAAGCCCUGGAAAGGCUUCAGGACGGCUACAAUGAGCUGAAGAACCAGCUGCAUAACUGCCCCGAGUCUCUAAGGGAGCAGUUGCAGGAGCAACUCAAAAGGGAAGCAGAAACCCUGGAGGCUGAGACAAAGCAGUUUGAGGACCUGGAAUUCCAGCAGCUCGAGAAGGAGAGCAGUCUGGAGGAGGAACGUGAGAUUAUUUCCCAGCAGCUCCUGCAGGAGAAAGCACAGUAUCAAAGCAGUUUGACCAAGAGAAAGGAAAAGGUUACAGCUCUGGAGAAGCAGGCCAAUCAGCUGGGCCUGCAGGCUGCACAGGAGUGUGAAAAGGUGGCUAAGGACAGGAGUGUCACCCUGCAGCUACUUCAGAAGGAGAAGGAGAGGCUGGCUGGUCUGGAGAAGAGAUACUUUAGCUUAACUGGAGGCAGGACUUUUCCUAAAGGCUCCAGCACAUUAAAAGAGGGGCGACGGAUGGCAGAAGUCUAUAGGAUGUAUGUGAGCGAUACCCAGCUGACCAACUCUGCUUCGCAUGACCCCUCACUUAUACUUGACCCAGCUGUAGCUGCCCCCUGCGAGGACUAUGUUACUGUGGGCCAAUUAAACCAGAUCUAUGGGAUGCCGAAGGUGGAUUCCUCCCCCACCUCUCCUGCCCAAUUGCGUCAGCCCACCCUCACUGAGCCUGCCUUUUCCUGUCUUCCUUCCCCCCAUGGCUCCUCUCUUUCUCUCUGUUUUGAGGUGUACCGCUCCAGACUAGACAGUGAUGCCAGUCAAUCCUCACAGAAGCCAAAAGUGAGUGCUGGACUUUCCCCUACUUACACCACUGCAACACUUGGCCGCAACACUUCCUCAAGGAAUCCCAUCAUGAUGGCCAACAGCACUGGCAGUCUCCCCCGCAACCUCGCAGCCACUUUACAGGACAUUGAGAUAAAGAGACAGCUGGCACUGCAACAGAAAGACUGCUUGCCAUCAUCGCCUGAGUUCUCCACCAUGGACAGUCCCACAGGUCAGCAGGUGAUCGAGGAGCAGCGGCGACGUCUGGCCGAGCUGAAGCAGAAGGCUGCAGCCGAGGCUCAGUGCCAGUGGGAGGCGCUACAUGGCUCCCACACACAGCUCAGCAGCUCUCCAGCUCCUCCGCUGGUCCAUCACUCCAUCCUGCACCACACAGCACCCUCUGCUGGUGAGGACAACUACGACACGCUCAGCCUGGAGAGCUCAGACAGCAUUGACACCAGCGUUUCCACCAGCUACAACUCCGCCUGCUCGCCGGAUAACAUGUCCAGUGCAAGUGGGAUGGAUGUGCUGAAAAUCGAAGAGAUGGAGAAGCUGCUGAAGGAGGCUCAUCUGGAGAAGGCCAGACUCCUCGAGUCCAAGGAGCGAGAGAGCCAGGCACGUAAACAGCUGCUGGAGGAGGAGAGGAAGAGGAGAGAGGAGGCUGAGAAGAGGCUGCAGGAGGAGACGGUGCACCGGCAGCAGCUGAUUGAGAAGGAGGUGAAGAUGAGAGCAAAGAACUUCUCUCAGGCUCGACCCAUGACCCGCUACCUGCCCAUCCGCAAAGAGGAGUUUGACCUGCGCUCACAUGUCGAGUCAUCGGGUCACAACGUGGAGAACUGCUACCACAUCAUCCUCACAGAAAAGAUGUGUAAGGGCUACCUGGUCAAGAUGGGUGGAAAGAUUAAAUCGUGGAAGAAGCGCUGGUUCGUCUUCGAUCGCCUUAAACGCACAUUCUCCUACUAUUCCGACAAGCAUGAGACCAAGCUGAAAGGAGUUAUCUAUUUCCAGGCCAUUGAGGAAGUUUACUACGACCAUUUACGCAGCGCCACAAAGAGCCCCAACCCCUCCCUGACCUUCUGUGUAAAGACCCAUGACAGACUGUACUACAUGGUGGCUCCGUCUGCAGAGGCCAUGAGGAUCUGGAUGGACGUGAUCGUAACAGGAGCAGAGGGCUACACGCAGUUCAUGAACUAAAGUCAUCAGAGGAGGUAAAGAAAGGUCAAAUGGUUGCACCAGGGGAAACUUCAAGUGACUCAUCUUCCUGUUUACCGGCUCUAUUGAUUCCUACGAGGAGGAAAGCCUUUUUAUUUUUAUUUUGUAUUUCUUUCUUUUGAAUAUAAGUUGUAUAUUCAGCUCGGAUGUACAGUUGUCAGACAGUCGUCAAAGGUUUUCUACACCUUCCUGGAUUUCAAAAGUGAUUCCUACAAGAUUUAAAAAACAGAGGAACAGUUGAUUGUGUUAAAUCAUCUUUGCUUUUAGGUCAACAGGGAUCUCUGUGACAUUUCAGAUUUUUUUUUUUAGUAUGCAAAAAUUUCUUUUUUUAAAUUUCUUUUUUUCUUUCAAACUGCUUAACAGAUGUAUGUAUUUGUGUUUUGUUUGUUUGUUUUUUUCUGUCUGUAGAACAUUUUCCACAUUUAGUAUGUGGUAUAGCCAAAUGACGUCAAGCCAUUCUGGACUGUUUUUUAUGUUUGUUUGUUUGUAUGGGUUUUUUUUUUUUUUAAUAUAAAUGAUUUGUCCUACACAUAAUGAGAGUGGUUAUGGAUAUGCAGAUCGUACAUGUAGAGAUGAUGUGAAAAGCAAACAUAUCAGACACCCAAUAUUACUAAAACAAGAAAGUCAAACACCGAAGCUCAUUAGCAGCUACUGUUCACCUGCAUCCCACUGUAUGUUUGUGUGUAACCAGCAAAACAUCACCUGUAUGUCAACACACACGUACGUGCUGUAUAAUAGUCUCUUUGCCAAGUCCUGACUUCAUCUUCAGCCUUCACUUCUUAAAGGAAGCAGCCAUUUUCAGUACACUGCCACCUGAAGGCUCUCGGUGGACGAACAUGAUUAAACAACAAAACAGAACAAAACUAACCAACUUAACCUUCAUAAUAAUAAUGCAAAUCAUUCAGUGCCUUGAUAUUUCUCCACAUUUCAUCACUGCAAUACUGUUGUGAGAAACCUGCAGGACCACAUAACGCCAGAAAUACAAUCACUGUUUACUUAAAAUGUAUUUUUAUUCUCAAGAGAUCUAUUAUUGUGACUAUUCAUAACAGUCAUUUGCACAAGGCUUGAUGGGAACGUGAUAAGUAAACACAAGUAAUUUAUCAGCUCAAACAAAAAAAAAAAAACAGAAAUGAGAGUCAAUGUUAUUAGCUUUUUGAGUUAAUAGAUGUUGAAGUUCUUCAUGGACAGAUUAUAAUAAUAAAUCUGACUUGGCUCAUGUUUGACUUGGUCCUCUGGACUGAACUAUGCUGUGAUUUUCAAGUGUGAUCAUCUGGAUCAAAGUGUUUAUAAAAUGUAGUUUAUGUAGGUUUUAUUUUGUGAGAGUUUUCCCUGAAAUUUCCUCUGCAUGCAUUUAAAAUGGCCAAAAUACUGACACCAGUUCUAUUGAUCCUGAUUGUUUUGCCAGUGUUUUCAUUUCAAUUCAGUAGAUUUUUUUUUUCUUUUUCUUUUUUUCACACGUCUGGAAAAAGAAUACGAGUAUGUUCACUGCAGUGUAUAUUUCUUUUCAGUGUUCUGUUGUGUGCACAUGGAGAACCAAAUUGUACUGGGAUGCGCCACAUGCAUACAAAUGUGCAUAAAUUCUCUUUAACCGUUAUUUUGUUACUAACACACACACACACACACACACACACACACAUGCUGACACUAUAUGAUAUGAUAAUGAUACGAUAUGAUGGUACUGUUCAUGUGGCACUUUAGAUGGAUUUCAUGGAAUUUUUCAGGUUUAUUAAAAAAAAAAAAAAAAACCCCAGAAACCAUUCCAUUCUCUUUUCUUAUUGGAACGACUAAAAUAAUUUUAUGCAGCACAGCUUUCAAAAACAACUUCAUGACGCAGGAGCCUGUCGAGUGAGAGCUGUAUGGGGCUGAGAAUGGCAGUAAUACAGCUGACAUCCACAGUUAUUUAAAAUAAAAUAUAACUGUAGUGACACCAUAAGAUAUUAACAUAGCAGUAAUGAGAGGCCACGUGAUUGAAUUUUCUUAAACAAAAUGUAGUUGUGUGUGAUCUGUGGAUCUGUAAGUCAGGUUCUUUCACUGUUCUUACUCCAGUGACGCGUUACUCGACAAAGUUGUCUUAAGUCAAACUUGUAUAUAAAAAUAUAUAUCACGUCGCUGAAGCUGAUUAAAACGACAGAUAAUAUCUCUUUAAAUGGUUUGUAGUAAAAGCUCAUUUAGAAACGUGAUGGCGUUUUGAAUAAACACAGUGUAGGAUGUAAUGUUUAACAGUUACAGAUAAAGCUAGGUAAUUAAAAGGGUUGGACAUUUCACUGUAAAAUAAGUCAAAUAAAAUGGAAAAUGUAAUUUGUGCUGUUUUGAUGAACUAUUUAAAUGAUUGCUUUUGGUUAUUGAUUCAGUUUCAAUCUUCUGUAAGUAUGAGAAGUAGACGAUCAUUGCCCAGAUGAACAAACAAACAAAACUAUUGGUGUGUUUUAUGUAUGAUAUAUAAAAGUGUAUUGGUUGGUAUUAUCAGUCUUCAAAAUGUGGUAGCUCCUAAACUCAGUAUCGCGGACUAAACUUUUUGUCCAUCAGGCCCUACUUUCUACUAGACAUAUAUUUGACAUGGACUCUACGACUUGAAAAUGCUUACUAAACUUUACAUGCUACAUAAUAAAACUUUACAUAAUGUGUGAAUUGAUA